AUGCAAAUUUGCAAGCUUAGGCCUUCUGUACCACACAAACCAGGUAAAACCCGUGUCCAGGCCCUUUGUGCAUUUACUACACCUCCUCCACCUGGCGUCAAACAGGACUUGUGGAAACUCUUAAACAACAUGCUCCAAGAUGAGGUUUUUUCAGCAGUUAAAUCUGAUGCCUGUAUUCUGGAGUACGGGGACCAUCUAUACAACAGACUGGGACAUGAUCCUGGAAAACAUGAAUAUAUCCGCCAGAAGUUAAGAGAGCUUGGAAGACUUCUGCUGUGCUCCAGAAAAACCACUUCCAUGAAGACCAUUCGAGACCACAUCAGACCAUCCAACUUCAUGCAAGUUAUUCAGGCUGUAAAAGAGGUGGCAGGUUUUGAUAGUGCAACCAACACUUACAAGUGUCCAAGUCUGGCCCUCAAAAUUGGACAUAGCCUGACAAAGGUAUCAAUGCUUGUAGAAAGUCGUGCAAAUGUACAAAACAAUUACAGUGCUGCUAAAGAUGCACGUACAUUUCGCAGAGUGUACGAAACUCGCUGGAAUGAAAUGGUUUCGGCUGCAUCACUGAGGACACUGCAGGAGGCCAGGUGGAACACCCCUCUGCUGCUUCCUUUCACAAAGGAUGUCCAAACUCUCCACUCCUAUUUGGAUGAGAAACAGCAACAUUACAGCUCAAAACUGUCCACUGAGACAUCCCCGCAAACAUGGUCACAGCUGACCAAGGUCACGUUGACUCAAGUCAUCCUUUUUAAUCGUCGAAGAGCUGGGGAGGUGUCAAAAAUGCCCAUGACAGCAUAUUUGUCUAACAGUACAUCAGAUCCUCAAGAUGAUGUGAUUGAUGCCCUGUCACCUGUUGAGAAGAAACUCUGCCAACACUUCAGACGGAUCGAGAUCAGGGGAAAAAGAGGAAGAAAGGUUCCCGUUCUUCUGACCCCGGCAAUGCAGCAUGCAUUGGAUUUACUUACCAGCAAACGGCAGGAAUGUGGGGUUCCUAAAGAGAACAGGUAUCUUUUUGCUAGACCAUCUGCCUUUACAUGCCUCCGUGGUUCUGACUGCCUUCGACAUUUUGCAAAGAUCUGUGGUGCAAAAAGUCCCGAAAGUCUCACCUCCACAAAGCUUCGCAAACAAACAGGAACUCUUUCACAAGUUCUCAACCUCAGCAACACAGAGUUGGACCAGUUGGCUGAUUUUCUCGGCCAUGACAUACGAGUACAUAGGCAGUUCUAUAGGCUUCCUGAGGGCACCCUCCAGCUUGCUAAAAUAAGCAAAGUUCUAUUGGCUCUGGAGAAAGGACGCCUGGGAGAAUUCAAGGGAAAGACCUUGGAUGACAUCAACAUUGACCCGGAGGGUACUAUUUAUCUAUCUCUCUUGUCUCCUUUUGAAGGAAAUGCACUUUUUGUAAUUAUGUUUUCUGGGAAUUUUUCACCAUGUCAGAAACAAAUGAUCUUGAAUAACACUCAUUCCCCCUCACCCCUAUACAGAGAAUGUGCACCCUGACAGCGAUCCUGACGAGGCAUGCGAGUCGGGCUCUGAAGGUUGGUAUUUACAUACAAUUUUAUAUGUGACCACUGCUGCAUAUUUGUAGACAUCCAUGUGCAAUAUCAGUUUACAGAAUCCAUUUGGAGCCUGCUUUUGUCUGUCAACAACUGGUCAUAAAAUGUUUUUGUUAACUUUAAAGCUCAUCGGUCUUGAUGUUCAUUUGCAACAUCAGAGAGGUGACUAUGUAAUGUCUGUAACGGCUUCAUUUUAAUCCCUGCACCAAGUUUAGUUUGAGCUUUUAGAUUGCUGUUAUAAGCACUUGCAUGUCAAGCACAAGCAUGGUGUUAGAGGUGUUGGGGGGCAAUAGGGUAGGUUGAUUUACCUCUUUUAGGUUAGGAUAUAACCAGGGUGGUGUAUCCACAGAUAUCAUAAUCACAAGAUGCCACACAACCCCAGGAUGCUCCAAGACCACCGCCAUCUUGGAGCAGUACUUGUUAAUGGUUUUCAGUCAAUUGUAGUUUUUGAGGCCUGUGAUUCACCUUACAACAGCAUUUGUUCACGUUCAAAAAAAAAGGGAUCAAGUUAGGUUUGGUGAUUUACUUAAUUGCAAUAUCACCUCAAAAUGUGCUUAAUGGCACAGAAAAACAAUACUAAGUAUUUAUCAACUCCAUCAACUGUAUUUAUGUCACAGGCUUGAAACUACAACACUACUCAGCACUAUAUCGCUGUGUCAAAGAGCUCGUUAAGAGUUAUUGAGUUAAUAUUUUUUUCAGUUUAUGUGAAUUGAAAUAGUUUAUGAUCUAAUUUCAGAUAAGAGUUACAGAGAAUAAUUUUGCACAUGUAUUUUACAAGUAUUUAGAUUUAUAGUUUAACCCUUCUUAUCAGCAUGGAGGAUCAAUACUGCAGUCAGUCAGCAGAGAUCUUGAAAUGUUUGUGAGUUGGGGAGAGCACUGUUAUGCUACAGUCUGUAGUCAUUAGACUUCCAAUAUGUCUGUGGGGUUUGUUAACCUGUACCUCAUAGUGAAGAGCUUCAAAUUAUGACCAACAUGUAUAAAGUCAACCUUUAUGCUAACAUUUUAAAGUUAAUGGAUGAAAGUAAUUAUAACUCAGUUUUACACUUGACUUCAUAACAUCAAGUGACAAGAAGUGCCUUACUUCCUGUGAAUUCAGUUUAGAGGUCCUUCAAAAGAAAAGCAUUUCCUGUUAACCAGAUAAUCCCAAAUCUUUCAAUUUAGCAGGUAAGUUGACAAAUACCCCCCUAAAUAAUGUAAAUAAUGUAUUUUAACAUGUCAUUAGGAACUUACUAAACUAAAUUUUACUAGAAAAAAUAUUUAAGGAAACAAUUUUCAUCAUCCUGUAUACAAAUUUUUAAUGUAUCAACAUAUAUACUUAUCCUUUUUAACAUGAGAAACUAGAUCAAAAAACUUACACAUAAAGGGGUUGAAUGGCUGGUGUCACGUGUGCUUCACAAUCAGUUAGAGCAUGACCACAGUCACAAUAUCCAACUGGUUUUUCACCUAUUGCACAAACGAGCUAGUGAGCUGUGGUGGAUACAGUCUAUAUUCUUCUGCUCUGUUGUAGGGAGUAAGUUAACAUCUAGUCAGAGGGAAGAGGAUGCACCAUCUGAUGUGAACCAUGAUGAUGCAUCACCACAGCAGAGCACCACCGCACCUCAAAACACCAAACAACAGGGGUCACCAAAAACGGAAAGAGGCAAGUUCUCUGAGACCGGUCUGAAAUCAGAUUAGUUUAUGGUGUGGUUGUAAAUGUGUUUUCUUGGCAUGUGCUGAAAUGUGGAUUGCAGACACACAUUUGUGAUUAAGAUUUUUUUGGGGAGGGGGAAGUUUCUGAGUUCUCAUUCACCUAUGUUACUUAAAUUGCUUCUAAAUCACUCCAUGGUUAAAAAACAGAAUUGAUUAUGUUUUUGUUUAUUUACAGCUCGGCAGCCUGUUAAAAAGAGGCCUUGGGAAAGAGAGGAGAUCCUGGCCGUUGAGAAACACAUGAUGUCCUUCAUCACCACAUGCCGUGUUCCAGGGAAACGCGACUGCGAUAAGUGCAUUGAACAAGAGAAAGAAGCGCUCAAAAACAGGAAUUGGUUGGCUAUUAAAUUCUAUAUCAAAAACCGAAUCACAGCUCUGAAGAGGAAAGUUUAG